AUGGACAAAACCUGGAUUCUUAAGCCACAAGAUAGCAUAGAAUAUAGACGAGGACUUAAUAUGUUCCUAGACUUUGCAUUUGCGAAUGCAUCGUCGGAUAACAUGAUAAAGUGUCCAUGCCCUCAAUGUGGGUUUCAAUUUAUGCAAACAAGAGAGGAUGCGUAUGACCACCUGUUGAUAAAGCCCUUUCCCGCUGGCUAUACUUUGUGGUUGCGUCAUAGUGAGAAACCAGCUGGGGAGAGCUCUACUUGCACACUAAUAGUUGAGAAACCUACACUCGAAGUGAAUCUAUAUCUUCAAAUGGUGCACGAGGCAUUUAACGUCACAAUGCCUCCUGAAAGUGAGAAGACCACAACAGCAGAUCCUGUAGAAGACGAUGAUGUAGAGUUACCGUACUUGUACGAUGGUCCAAGUUGCGAGGCACAGGAUUUUGUCGAUCUUCUUGCGGAUGGAGCGGAGGAAUUAUAUCCUGGCUGCUCAAAAUACUCAAAAUUGUCUUUCCUAGUGAAGUUUUAUCACAUUAAGUGUAUGUGUGGUGUGAGUGACAAGGCUAUGUCGAUGAUUUUGGACUUAUUGCGGGAUGCAUUUGAACAAGCCAAAUUUUCGUCCACUUUGUAUGAAGCCAAGAAAACUAUCCGAAAGUUGGGGAUUGAGUACAAAAAGGUAGAUGCAUGCCCGAAUGAUUGCAUGUUGUAUCGGGGUGAGGAUGAGGGCGCGACGAAAUGCAAGCAGUGUGGGACUUCACGAUGGAAGCAGAAGACGCGAAAGGGUUCCAUUACGAAACUCAAAAUACCUCAUAAGGAGGCAGAUAAUAAUGAUGGGUACUUGAGGCAUCCAAGGGACGCUGAAUCAUGGAAAGACUUUGAUGCUAAGUAUCCUUCUUUUUCUAACGAUGCUCGCAGUGUUCGCUUGGCUUUAGCAAGUGACGGUUUUAAUCCUUUCAGAAAUAUGAGUACCACGUAUUCUAUUUGGCUUAUGAUUCUUAUUACGUACAAUCUUCCUCCCUGGCUAUGCAUGAAACAGGCAUCUUUUAUACUGUCUAUGAUUAUUCCCGGUCCUAAAAUGUCGGGUAACGACAUCGAUGUUUAUUUGGAGCCCCUAGUGGAUGAGUUGAAGCAACUCUGGGAUGGCGUUGAAACUUAUGAUGCUAAUAAGGGGACCACUUUCAAGAUGCGUGCGGCACUAAUGUGGACUAUUAGCGAUUUUCCAGGGUUGGAAAAUUUAUCUGGGUGGAACACGUACAGUGGGUUAGCUUGUCCCACGUGUAACAUGGAUGCUAAGGCUCAGCGACUAACAUUCAGUCGAAAAUGGUGUUACACGGGUCAUCGCCGCUUCUUGAAUCAGGGCCAUAAAUAUAGAGUAGACCGGAUUAGAUUUGACGGACAAGUUGAAAGCAGAGAUCCACCGAAGAAGUAUUCUGGAGCAGAUGUCUUAAGGCAGCAGUGUAACAUGCAAGUAUCAUUUGGAAAGAGCUCAACUCUGACAGCCAAAAGAAGACGCAUUGGUGAAGAUGCAGAUCAAGAUGACUCGUAUUGGAAAAAGAGGAGUGUGUUCUUUGAACUCUCGUACUGGAAGGAUCACAUGUUGCGUCAUAACCUUGAUGUGAUGCAUAUAGAGAAGAACAUUUGUGACAAUGUGGUCUUCACUAUCUUAAACGAUAGCGUCAAAUCAAAGGACAAUCUUAAGGCUCGCAAAGAUUUACAAAGCAUGGGCAUAAGGUCUGAAUUGUGGCCGGAUGAAGAUGGUAAAUAUCCUUCAGCAAUCUUCACAAUGUCGAAUCCACAGAAGGAUGUAUUCCUGAAGACUCUACAGAACGUGGUCUUUCCAGAUGGUUACUCGAGCAAUAUUGCUCGUUGUGUUGACAUCCGGCAGCGCAAGUUGUAUGGGUUGAAGAGUCACGACUGCCACAUUCUAAUGGAACAAUUACUUCCAAUUUUGGUGAAGAAUGCACUGCCAAGUCCAGUAUCGAAUGUGAUUGCGAAUCUGUCCUCAUUUUUUCGAGAACUCUGUGGAAAAGCUGUAAAUCCUAUGAAUCCUGGUGACCUUCAGAAUCAUGUUGUGCAAACUCUGUGUCAGAUGGAAAUGAUAUUUCCUCCGUCCUUCUUCACUGUCAUGGUUCACCUUACAGUGCACCUCGUUGAUGAAGUAAAAGUUGGUGGCCCGGUACAUUACCGGUGGAUGUAUCCAAUAGAAAGUUACUUGGGACGAUUGAAGCAAUACGUGCGUAAUAGGGCACAAGCUGAAGGCUCAAUUGCGGAGGGCUAUUUAUCCGAGGAGAGUUUGACAUUCUGCUCCAGAUAUUUGGAUAAUACUGAGACUAGAAUCAACCGACCAGCGCGAGUUGACGAUCGACCUGUUGAUACUACAAACAAUACAGGAUGUACUAUGUUCCCUGAAAUUGGAAAAGGUUCAGGGGUUGUAUCACAUUUUGUACUGGCCCCAACGAAAAGAGAUCAGGCACAUCGUCAUGUGCUAGUCAAUUGCGAGGCCGUCGCUCCAUUUAUUGAGUCAGAAACCAAGCGAAAAUUACGGGAUCAAACAAGGUCGCAAUCUAAGAUAGACCGUGUUGUGCAUGCAGAAUUUUCUCGCCGGUUCAAGCGUGAGGUUCCAAUGGACAGUACUGUACAUUCUCAAGAAACGAAGUUGCUAGCAUGUGGUCCCAUGCUUCAGGCAAGACGGUUUGGGGCAUACAACGUCAAUGGGUACAAAUUUAGAACCAUCACAAAGGAAGACGGGCUGAAAACACAAAAUAGUGGAGUUUAUGUCUCAUCAAAUACAAGAAGUUAUGCCAGCAUGCAUGACAACAGAGUGGCUGUUGGUAGUGUUCCAUAUUAUGGAAAAAUUGUGGACAUAAUCGAACUGAACUACAGCUGCCAUUUCACAGUGGUUUUGUUCAAAUGUAUUUGGGCUGAUACAACUACGAGUAGAGGAAUCAAAGAAGACCAUCUGGGCCUUAUCAGCGUUAAUUUCACUCGUCCAAUUCACACCGGUGAUCGAGAAGAGGAUGAACCGUACAUAUUGGCAUCAGAAGCUCAGCACGUGUACUAUGUACGUGAUGAAGUAGAUCAAGAAUGGAGUGUAGUGGUUCAUGUAAAACCACGAGACUUGUAUGACAUGGGAGGAGAGAAUGAGGAUGUUGAAGCUGCUUUUUCUCCUCAGCCCGGGUUGAACAUGUCAGCAGCAGGUGACAUCAGUGAUUUACAGUUGACAAGAGAUGAUGUAGAAGACCCAGUAGCAGAUGGUUCUGAUAACAUAGAUUAUGUGCCAUAG